AUGUCGAACAGGAUAAUUCUCCGGCAGGCGGGUGGGUCGACGAACCGGCGGCAGCCGCUGCUGCUGCAGCGGCGUCCCUCGAAGAUGGCGACGCGCGUGGGGGAGGUGGUGGGCGGCACGGCGGCGGAGUGCGUGGCGGUGUGCUGCUGCUUCCCCUGCGGCGUGGCGAACUUCCUCCUCCUGGCAAUCUACAAGGUCCCUGCGGGGCUGUACCGGCGAGUGCUGAAAAAACGGCGGCACCAGAAGAUGCUGAAGGAAGGGCUGCGGAAGCCCACGCGCCGCCACUGCUCGUGCGGGUGCUGCGACGACGUUAGCGGCUCCAGAAUAUACCCCAUGUGCGCCAACGACGCCGUUGACAUCAAACGGCUACGUUCGACGACGACGGAGCUUGAUAACAACGAUGACGCCACGCGCGCGCUCGAGAAGGAGAUGUGGGACCAGUUUUACGGCACUGGGUUUUGGAGAAGCUCUUCUAACAGAGAAGUCAGAGAAGAAGAAGUAAAACCCUCCCAAACGCUCCCUUCUUCAAAUAUUAAUGUUCUUGUUCCCAAUCCUCAGCCUCAGCUUUUUGCUUCAAGUUCAAGUUGA